AUGCCUCCGAAACAACGUACGAUUGAGCUGGGCACUGUCCUGGUGGUCGGCGGCUGCGGCUUCCUGGGUUCGAAUAUCGUCGACCAGCUGCUCAACUUCCCCACGGAAAACGAUCCCAGCGCUGCUCUUCCCAGGAUUGAAGGAGAUUCCCGAUUCGACCACCCUCGUCUGACUGGGCGGUAUCCCAAGUAUGCAGCCAAGGUCGCCGUGGUCGAUCUGCGUACGACCCACAACCGCCUGCCCGGCGCCGAGUACUACGAGGGCGAUAUCACGUCAGCGGAAUCGAUGCUGGAGGUCUUCCGGAAGGUGAAGCCGGAGGUGGUGAUUCAUACGGCGUCUCUUAUGCUGGAUGAGAACAAGCCAUUGAUCCACAAGGUCAACGUGGAGGGGACGCAGACUCUGCUUGACGUCGCCAGUGGUGCCAAGGGUGACUGGGGCGGGAAGUGCAAGGCCUUCGUCUACACGAGCUCGAGCUCUGUGGUGCACGAUACGCACAGUGAUUUGAUCAACGUGAACGAGCAAUGGCCUUAUGUCCGGGGCCCGUUGCAGAAGGAAUACUAUUCCGAGACGAAGGCUGAUGCGGAAGAGCUUGUCCUCAAAUACAAUCGUGCCGCUUCCGGUUCAAUGUUGACGUGCGCGAUCCGUCCAGCGGGCAUAUACGGCGAAAGAGACACGACGUUUACGUUCAAGAUCCUAGAACACUCCUCCAAAGCGUCUCGCACUACGCUUCGCAUGCAAGUCGGCGACAACAACAAUCUCUUCGACUUUACAUAUGUGGGCAAUGUCUCCUAUGCUCACAUGCUAGCGGCGGAGCGUCUUCUGGCAACGUAUGCGCGCUUCGAGAACGGACAGGGUGCACCCCUGGACUAUGAGCGCGUUGACGGCGAGGCGUUCAACGUCACCAACGACUCGCCAGUGUACUUUUGGGACAUGACGCGAGCGGCAUGGGCGCUGACAGACAAGAUCAUCGAGCCGAAAGAUGCCUUUGUCAUUUCGGAGGGUUUCUUGACCGUCGUGGGCGCAAUCACGGAGGGUAUUUUCGCAUUGCUUGGCAAGACGCCGCGUCUGACGAGACGGAUGGUGCGCUAUUCGUGCAUGACGCGGUAUUACUCAUGCGCCAAAGCCAAGGAGAGGCUGGGAUAUAAGCCUGUCGUAUCUGUCGAAGAAGGUCUCGCGAGGGCGGUAGGUUAUGUGUUGGCGAACAAGGCUGCCACGAAGGAGAAGAAGGAGCAGUAG